AAAAAAAGUUUCAAGGUUAUUGUAUUUCAGUUAAUAUGAUCUAAUAGUCACAGUGUAUAAAUAUUCAUUAAUGUUUCAUCCAGUUAUACCUUUUUUUCCAAACACUUAAUACGAAAACAGUGUUUAAGUGUCAGGGUCAUUGAUAUUCACUUAAAACAUAUUUCAUCUUAUCAUGAACAAUAGAGCAUUGUGUUUCAAGCAAGUGUUUCAUCCUGUUAUAUUUUGUUUUAUUUCAUUCUGUUACAAGUGCGAGGGGUGAUCCAGAAUUAACCGGAUUAUGCCCAUAUCUGUCUAAAAAAUCACGAGUAACUUCAUAGUUUGCUUAAUCAAUGUUAUAUUUUAAACUUUUUUUCCAACCUUAUUAUGCUUCCAAGUAGGAUACUAAAGAAACCGUUCUUGAAAGCGGGCUCACUGCAUUUCUUUUGACGAAAGUUAUUAAAGGGUAUUUACAUAUGUUAGAUAUAUGGUUCUGUGACGUAGUUUUUGCGCAUGUGCAUAAGCACCAAAAAGAUUGCCAUGGAAGCUCAGCGAAGAAAAUUUUUAAUUUUGCUUAAUAUAUAUACAUACGCUUAAAUUAACACCAUAAAGACGUUUAGAAAUUAGCAUAAAUUAACUUUACAUACAUUUACAAAGCAGUAUCCGGAAUUUCAGUUGGAAUAAAAGGCCAAUACCCCCUAUCAUAUGAAAUAAAUGUGACAAAUAACAAUGCCUACACUAUAAUAAAUAAAUAGUUAAAAUAAGAUAAAAAAUAAAACUAUUACACAGGGAAAAGAUAACCACAUGCAGAUGUUUUUGGAUCAGAAUGUUGUAACUCCAUAAAGCUAAAAAUGAUCAAAUUUCUAAAAACUCAUAUAACUAGGGUAGAACUCCUAUAACUAAUAAUUUGAAUUAUAAACCAUCUUCGCUGAACUUCCCUGGCAAUCUUUCCGGCGCUUAUGCGCAUGCUCAAAAUUUACGUCACAGAAUCAGGGGAAAAAUAAUAUGAAAAAAGAUUAGCUAUAGAAGUCCUUCCCUAUUUGACCUUUUUAUUCCAUGAAAAAAUAUGGAAUAAUUAAGAAAUAAUUUAUAGCAAAAGAGUGUUUUAACACUUAUUUAUGCACGAUGGGCGGUUAUAAUACGUCGGGCGUAAUAAUUUCACGAGGGCGCAGCCCUCGUGAAAUUAUUUGUACGACGUAUUACCACCAGAGUGUAUAAAUAGUGUUGAAAUUCAGUUUUGGUUUAAAUUAUUUCGAUUCUAAUAUGCCCUCAAUCUAAAACAGUAGAUAAAAUAUAGUAGCGCUCUUUCUUGGUUGCAACAAAAACAUUGACGUCACCGCACGUUAACGUGACGUCAUUCUAGCGUAAGAGUGCUUUAACAGAGGAAAGCAUAUAUUAUUAGAGUAAGAAUUCAAUUGUUUGAACGUUGCCGACGUCAUUUCCUGUUAUGCAAUGUGCCCCGCUUACCCGAUACUAAAUUUAGCUUUGUGUUUACGUAAAUGUUUUCAAAGUUUAAUGUACCAUUGUCAUGAAUUUUUCAGGAACUGCGCAGUAAGACUGAGCAAUUAAGUAUAUAAAUUCUACGAAUAUCGUAUUUCUUAAAAGAAUGUUGCAGACCUAGUCCGGUUAAUCCUGGAUCACCCCUCGUAUUACGGAACAUUUUUCAUAAAACAUAAAUUAAUUUUUCAUAGAAUUUAAAAUACAUUACGUGGAAUAACAAUUAUAAUAUAUUGAGUGUUUGUAAUUAUGUGCUGAAAAAAAGAAACUGUUAUUUUGCCAUCUGUUAUAAUCAAAACGUUAGUUUGUGUAUAUAGUUUUUAUUCAUUAUUGAAGAAAGAAAACAUGGAUAUAGAAAUGCAGAAUAACAGUAAAUCAAUUUCUUUGAAUAAACUCAUUCAUGAGGAAAUACAGAGACAAAUUCCAUUGAUGAUCUACCUGAUAAUUAUUUUGUAUAUUUGGAAUAGCUGGAAAUAUUUUAGCGUGUUACACAUUCACAAACAGGCUUAGGUUAUCCCCGGGUCGCCUUUUUCUUUCUGUGUUGGGGGCUGUUGAUUUAUUUAUCAGCAGUGUUAUAAUUCCGCUUGAACUUCAUCAGAUUGCCCUGCAGUACACCUUCAGCAAUGUCACAAUUUGUAAACUGACUUCUUUUUUAAAAUUUGGGCGACGAUAGUCUUGAUUUUGCUGGUGUUGUGUUUUGCAGCUGACUGUUAUCGAAAGGUUUGUAAGCCAUUCAGACGGCAAAUAUCAGUUAGAGCAGCAUGGAAUAUGUGCUUCGGAUGUGCAUUUCUAGGUGUUGCCUUUGCCUGGAUUUCUCCCGUUAUUUACAACAUACAAAUAAAGGAACUGGAUGUAUACAAUGUUACAAUCUCUGAAUGUGCAAUAACUGAAUCUAUGAAGAAGACAGUAUUUCCUUUGCUUAAUAACGUUUCGUUAGCACUUCUGUUCGUCGGUGCUUUAACAGGCAUUAUAACUAUAUACAUAUUCAUUUUUAUCAAAAUGAAAAGAGUGACAGAUGCAUUGGAAAGAAGAUGGUGGAUACGAAAAGAAGCGUACGUUGGCUACACUGACAGUAAGAAACACACUGUACCUGACGGCAAUACAACUGUUAAUGCCUCAGAGAGCAAUACACCAGAAAUAUCAGACAGUGAUUUCUUUGAACAAGGGAACAGAAGACGAAAGACAGAAAUUGAGAUGCAAAUUGCGAGAGGCCGUACUGAGAGAUGGAAAACUUACAUAACUGUUACCGACAAUGCUUCAGAUAUAAAAGCUUCUAAAGCAUUAAAUGCUGAGUUUGGUGUGGAAGGUGAGAGAAGACAAACAAAACGAAUUAAUAUAGGUACUCGGAACACUUAUAGUAAGAAGAAAGAGAACGACAAGAUAUCUAAAGGAAAAAUCACUACAACCGGCGAUGCUUUUAAAACGCCAAAUAUAACUAUUCUUGAUGCACUAGAAAAGAAACCAAAUGAGGCAUGUAAGAGUAAGAAGUCUACACCAAUGCGACGUUCAAUAAGAUUCAGAACGAGAAGAAUAAAACUGUCAUUGUUUCUAUAUUCUCUAGCAUGUAUUGUGUCGUAUUUACCACUUCUUUUAAUACUUUUGAUAGUAAAUGCAGACAAGGCUUUAACUGAUUCUGAAAGAGCGGCUUACAACUUCUUUCACAGAUCGUACUCGUUGCAUUGUGCUGUAAAUCCUAUAAUAUGUGGAAUAAUUGAUGUCCGAUUUAGAAAAUUUUGUAAAAUGAAGCUUCUUUGCCGAAAACAUGAGAUAAUAUAUGAGCUUUGAUCUGUUCGUCAUUGCUAGUAUAACACAGUAUAUCGUAUUGAUAAAAAGGACUUGCAUGUUGUAUUGUAAAAUAGUUUAUGAUUUCUGAAAUAACAAAAAUCUAUAUAGUGCUGCAAAUCUAUUGAUGUUUAGAGCACAGUACUGGUCUACUUGUUGCAACAGAAAGUUUUAUAUAACAAAACGUUUGUCAAGGUCUGUAGUUUCUGGAACAGUUAUUCAUUUGGUUCGGUCUGGAUGCAAAGUUUGAAAAAUCCAAGAUGGCCACAAAAAUGUCCGCCAAAACACAAAUAUUUAAAGAGUAUUAAUUCGCUAAUUUCUCUUACUACUAUUGAGUUUCAAACUAUAUACACCAAAUAAGUAAGAAGUAAUAUUACUCCUGCGAUAUGUUACUUUGUUUCUAUUUUUGUCGUUCACCUACAAUAUGCAAAAUGGCAGCUUAAAAAUAGGGAUUGGUGUCAGCAAUUUCAUGUUUGUUUUUAAACAGAAAACACAAACAUGUUGUUUUUAUUUGAACUGAAGCAAAACUUAUCCCACAUUGUGACUAACAUUAGAAAGUUUGUUUUCAUAAAAGGCUAAAUGAUCAUAAUAUUUUACAAAAAGUGAAUGAAUUUCAUUUACAAAUCAGUGUUGCUUUCUCAAGUUGUAAGUUCUUAACGUAGGUUCUUGUUAAGUUAUAAACAUUAAGUGGUUGAGAAAGACAAAUCUACUACUGGUAAUUACGUAUGUGUACAUUUUGUAACAUAAUUUGCCCAGUUACUCUCCUUUGUUGUAAUUUAGCCAUGAAAAUGAUCUGCAAGUUUUGAAUGUUAAUGCUGUUUAUACUCGUUAAACUGUUAAUAAAAGUAAUGGUUAUAGUUGGUAUCUUUUAAUGGAAUUGUCUUAGUGUUUGCCAACUAUCUAGUGUCAAAAAAAGACCAAAAAAAAAAAAAAAAAAAAAAAAAAAACAAUAAAUAAAUAAAACAGGUAUAUUUGCUCAUUUAUUAUAUCAUUAGUGCCAAAUUGUUCUAUUGCAACAUUGUAAGCAGUCCUAAUAAUUUCCAAACGUUUAAAAUGACAGAGGUGAGAGCGCAAGUGUCAUGGAUGAGAACACUGGCAGGAAUUCAAACUGGGUUGUUUUUGUUCAAACUAUACAAGCUACCCGUACGAAGUAAUACGCCUGGUUUUGAGGCGUAAACCAGGCGUAAUGGGUUGUUACGUGACAAGAACCAGGCGUAAAGGAGCAGGACACGUAAUUCUAUUUUACUUACGGGCGUAAAUCGCAGGAAAACCAGGCGUAAUCAUUAACAAACCAGGCGUAACCUAUUCAUGUUAGACAAACAUAGGCGUAAAGUUGGACUUAGAAUUUUCGUUUCUUAGUGAGAGGAGUAAAGUUGGACUUUGAAAUUUUCUAACUUGUAGAAAGAGGCGUAAAGUUUGACUUAUAAUUUUUUUCCCUUUCGAAAGGCCUAAACAAUUAUGGUAAAGUUGGACUUCGAUUUUUUUUUCAUGAGCAAUGCAAAUGAAAUCAAUGAUACAAUGUACCACUGACAUGAGCCAAUCUUUGUUGAUAACACAAUAAAGUUUAUGGAGAGACAUUAAUGACUGAAUUAAUGAAAUUUGUGUUUCGUUAUAAGUAUUGUCCCUAUUUCUUUACAGCUAUAAGCAGCAAAAUAAAACAAGAGCUGUCAGUGCACAGCGCGCUCGACUAUUCUCAGUGCUUGAUAGUAUAAUAUAAGCUAUGAGUAAAACUUUAACAUUACAAUAAGCAUAUUCUAAGUCGAA